GUCGACGCGAAUGUACGCGCGUUAUCCGCUCUCGCGCCCGCGACACGCGUACCUCUGACGCGAUCGCGAUCUGCAUCCCUUUUUGUUUAUUUUUCGCGAGCGUCCUUCGGGCCGUUUUGUGUUUCGGAGGCAGCGAGACGAAGAAAAAAAAGGAGGCGCGGAUGGAUCAAGCGACUGGAGAAGAUCAGCGCAGGCCGCACGGAUAACAGCGGCCAGCCUCCGCCACAUGAAGAAACAACAACAGAACUGAAGAACAAAAUAAACCAAAAGCCACAAAAGCCUCAAAACCAAAGCCUCCAGUCAUAUCUUUCGUUUCAAAAAAUAAUAUAAGCACUAUUUUUUAAACCUUUUAACGAUUAACUUUACGCAAAUAGUAUACGCUAACUCCCAAACAGUACAAAUUAAUUUAAGUCUGAAGUGAUCGGUAUUUACAAUAAAAAGCCUUCAAGAAAAGUAAAAAGAUAUUCUAUCAACGACCAGUAUUUUAACGUUCCAAAAUAAAAUAGAUCGUUAAACGAGUGCACAAAAUAUUUUAUUAAUAGUUAAAAAUUAAAGAAAUCAAAACAAUUCCUUGAGCAUUUUCUAAAAAAUCAGCCAAAGAUUUUAUAAGCCGUAGAUAUAAGACUCAAAUAAGCUAACUGCCUGUUGUUAAGGAUUUUUUAUAUAAUUUAUUUCAUAGUGAGAAAACGAAGAUAUUGUGAUUAGUGUAGUGUCAACCGGUGUGCCGUAUAAUCGUAACGUAAGUGCUAUUUAGUAUAAAGAGGACAUAACGAAUCCACUUCAAAGAGUACAAAUUAUCAAGUUCCAGUUCAGUUCCGAGUGUUCAGUACAACGUAUAUAGACUUAGUAGAGGUUAUUUUUUCUAACGAUAGGAGUGUAUAAGUGUGACGCGAUGAGGUUGCGUCGAGUUAACACGUCAUGAGCGAAACGCUCAGGAGCGAGGCGGGCGCGGAUAGCGCGCACUUACCGCCCUUCUCAACCUUUGGCGACAUGGCGGAGAACGAGCAAAGGAUCCUCACCGCUGACACCCGGCUACUCGACCCGGGUUGGGAAUACUACGAGAGGACUGGCGACACAGUCUCCGUGAUCUCAAGCCAGCCACAAUACCGCCCCUGGGAAUCUAUGCCUAUCAGCGUGAACGCCAAGGACGCAAUCCUACGGGCCGGUUUUGCGUCUCCUCUCGAAUACCAAUCGGUCACCCUUCAGCCAAUAGCUAAUAAGCUACCGUCCUUCCAAAGCCAAUUUCAAACAUUUCCAGAAACAACAGUGAUACCAGAAACGGGGCUCCCAAGUGUGACACCAGUGCCAGUCACAACAAGCCCGACCCCAAGCGCGAGCCCUAGUCAUUUAACCCAGCUCACGCAACUCACCACUCCGUCGUCACCUGCUCAUUUAACUACAUUAGCACAGGUGACUCCCCUAUCCACAACUUUGACGACACUGUCACCAGUAAAUGCCACAACAUUCCAUACUCUAACAGCCGUAAAUGCACGGAGUUAUCCCAUCGUUCCAGCACCACUGCAGGCACGUGAAUUGGGACCCGCCGGUCAAGCUUAUAUUGACGAUCGGCAUAUACAAUUAUAUCAGCCAAAUAUUGCAACAAUAAAUGCGUUUCCCACACAAAAUGGCAUUCUACAUCAAAAUGGAACGCUUCUUCACCAAAAUGGAAGUUUAAUUCAAAAUAUCCAAAGUCCUACAGUUGUACAUGUCCUGAAAAAUGAACCGUUCGACGUUAAAGCGCUUCAAGAUAAGUACACACCUAAUGGCUUACAUCACAGUAACUUUCAAAAUCCAAUGUUAUUAGACAAUGGGUACGAUAAGAAAACAAAUGGCUUUGUAAGCGGCUCAUCGCCAACACGAUCAGAUUUUCGGAAGAAAGAGCGACGGAAAAUGAGAGCAAACAGCUCAGAGUCUGAUGGAUCAAACAUGGAGGUAGGGUCAGAAAGUAGUGGACAAGUCGCUGCAGUGUCUUCUACCGCCGGCUUUAAGUCUCCCAUGCACGGAGCCCCACCUAUGAACACUGGACCAAUGGAACUCGAUGACAUAUCCAGUGAAAAGCAGUACUUUCCGUCACAGACUAAGAAGAAGAGGAAGCGUUGCGGCGAGUGUAUCGGCUGUCAACGUAAGGACAACUGUGGCGACUGCGCACCAUGUCGUAACGACAAGUCGCAUCAGAUAUGUAAGCAGAGGAGGUGUGAGAAGUUGACGGAGAAGAAGCUUGUUUUGGCGCCGGACGGGACGUUGCAGACAGUGAAGAGCGAGUCGCGCCGAGGUCGCGGCAGAGGGCGCGCUUCAACAACACCCGUCUUACAAGACAUCAAGAGCUACCGCGGUCGUAAGCCUUUGGGCGGAGGAGUAUCAUCAGCGGUCGGGUUGAGCCCUGGACUGCCAGCCGCCGCAUCUCCGGGCCCUGCUGCGCCCGCUGCACCUAGCCCUGCACCAGCCACCACACCGGCCAUGAAACAGGAACAUCCAAGCCAACCCAUGGCUCCAAUGCCAUUUUAUGCGGGGGACCCAAACAGAUUCCCUACAGCCUGGCAAACAGAUCCUUCACAAGGUUGGCAGAAUCAAUUUAUACAGCAGCUUCCUACCCAGACUGGCCAAACGACCUUAGACUAUCAAGGAAAUCAUACCCCUUACGCAACAUCUCCUCAUUACCAAGCCAACACCACGUACACCGUCCAAAACGUCGCUACUACGUUUGAUGUCACAAACAAUGCUUAUUAUCCAGCUGGAGUUCAAACUAUUCCAGCACAAAGACCACCAUCGAACCGUGGAGCAUAUACUCCCGUACCAUCACCGCGAGCUCCACUUUAUACGACAGAGUAUCAACAACAAUAUGCACAACAGGCUUCUACUCCUGGAGUUACUACUGGCAAUGAUUCCAGGCCUGCUUCAGCUGCCUCUUAUCAAAGUUCAGUGGCCACAUCUGGUACCCCUGUCUAUACGGUUAGUCAACAAAACUACGAUCGAACCGAGUAUACGGCAGAUCAUGCGGAAGAGUACAAUAAUGGAGAAAAUGGCUCAGGUGAUACGAAUAAUGAAGGAGAGAGACAAGAACAAAAUGCCUCGAAUGGACAGCAUUCGGGAAACGCCGAGCCUGGAUACCUGCAGGGGAGCAACGGUCCGCGAGCUUCACUCGAUUGUAACGGGUAUCCGGGCAACUAUACUAGCGGGCAGUAUACGGAAAAUGGACAAGCGCAGAACCAAAACGAUUGGCAGCAACGUCAAUGGCAGCAUAACCAAAGAAUACAAAAUCAACAACAAUUGCAAAACCAACAACAAUUACAAAAUCAACAACAGUUACAAAAUCAACAACAGAUGCAAAAUCAACAACAGCUGCAAAAUCAACAAUUGCAAAAUCAACAGCAGAUACAAAAUCAACAACAAAUACAAAGCCAACAACAAAUACAAAGUCAACAACAAAUACAAAGCCAACAACAAAUACAAAGUCAACAACAGCUACAAAAUCAACAACAGCUACAAAAUCAACAACAGAUACAAAACCAACAACAGAUGCAAAAUCAACAACAUCAACAACAAUUACAGAAUCAACAACAGCUCCAAAGCCAUCAACAAAUGCAAAAUCAACAACAAAUUAAUCAGAUGCAAAGUCAACAGCAACAGAUACAAAAUCAAAUUCAAAACCAUCAAAACCAGCAAAUUCAAAACCAACAAAUGCAGCAACACAGACAAGAAGAAGCCGAACAGCAGAUGUUCUCUCAAUCAGACAGGGUCAACUUAAAUUCUAGAUUAAAAACAAUGAUAUUAAAUAAACAGAACCAUAUAAGGGAUGGCACAAAUACACCACCAGAUAAAGGCGACCCCGGAGAGGGACCCCCUCGCGUUAUCGAUGAUAGAAAAAGUGGGGUUACUGAAGAUAGAAAUAACACCGGUCAUUUUUUAUCGUAUAGCCACCAUCUCCGAGAUAAUUACCGUAUAGGUGAACAGGGUAUAUCUGUCGCUGGUAAUUAUUCACAAAACACCCACGCUUAUGGUUUGGGUGACUUCGGAGGUGGUGGCCACCACGUAUGGGAGGGGGGGACAGAAGUCUCGAAAAGUUAUGAAAAAAACAAUUUGUCUAAGACUGUAUCUAAAACAUCUCAAAAAUUACCGUCUUAUACUGAUAUGAGACCACAGUAUGGAGCAUAUACCAAUAUACCAUAUGACGCGCAAAAAUAUGCAGAAAUGUACGGUAGUGAUAGUAAUGUAAGUUAUAAUCAACAAGAUAGCAAAGAUUUUCAAUCAAAGAUGCUUAUUGGACCAGUAUCCGACAUUAAUCAACAAAAUUGCGCAUCCUCGCGUGAUGUAAACGCACAAAAGAGAGCUUAUGAUAGAGAGCCUUAUGAUCCUAAAUUUAGACAUCCAGUAGCACCUCUAAUACCUAAAUUAGAAAUACCAGAUAACUUCCAGUAUUUCAAAGAUCCAAUAAAAAUAGAACCUCAGAGACAUUUGAAUCAAAACGUAUAUUCAAAACCAAACGAAACGCUUGCGAAUAUUUCUUAUAAAGAAUAUUCAAACAACAUUUCUUCCAGACAAGGCCAAGUCACGGCUUUACCGCCAAUAUCAACAAUAAAACAUGAGAACUUUAACCAGAAACCUCAGAUCUAUCAGAACUUUCAGAAUGGUCCUUAUGAAAGAAAAAAUAAUAAAAAUGACGUUUACGCACAAAUCCCAAGAAUACAAGAGAGUUUAGGUUUUCAGAAAUAUAAUAGAAAUUAUGAAGCUAGACAUGAAAAAGAAUCGGAUAAUUCUGAACGGAGCACCCCUAUUGAUCCCAAACCACCUUAUUAUAUAGAACAAAUUAAAUCAGAACAUUCCCCACCUGGACACAAGAUAUAUAAAAAUUUAAACUACGGUCCACCUAGAAAUGAACCAUACAUGUUUACAGGGGAAGGGGGACCAGUGUCUAUUAGAAAUGAAAUAGGCUAUGCUUGUUGUAGACAGGGAUCUACCAAAAAUCCUCCACCAGAACAUUUAAGAGAUGGAGCUUGUCCCGGCCUUCAAACUAAAGAUGAAAUUCUUGAAGACGAUCCUGAAAAUACUGAUAAAACGGAUUCUAAAAACCAAUCUAAACCCGGCACUCCAGUGCCUGAAUCAAAUAUCAAAAAUACGAAGGAAAAUCAAUUCAAUUAUUCUAAGGAAUAUUUGGAUAAUUUGGAAAGGUUAAAAAAUAAUUCAAGGACGGAAGUACCAGAUUGCAAUUGCUUCCCAGCAGACAAAAAUCCUCCAGAACCAGGCAGCUACUACACUCAUUUAGGAGCAUCAGCAUCUUUGUCCGAACUGAGAAAAGACCUUGAAGCACGUACAGGGCUAUCUGGCAAAGAACUACGAAUUGAAAAAAUCUGCUAUACUGGAAAAGAGGGCAAAACUGCCCAAGGUUGCCCUAUGGCUAAGUGGGUCAUACGGCGCUCUAACUAUACAGAAAAAGUAUUAGUCGUCGUCAAAUUUCGUAAUGGCCACAAAUGUGCUACAUCAUGGAUAGUAGUGUGUUUAGUAGCCUGGGAAGGAAUUCCACAAUCCGAAGCUGACUUAGAUUACACAUUGUUAUCUCAUAAACUGAAUAGAUAUGGUUUGCCAACAACACGUCGAUGUGCGACAAACGAAAACAGAACAUGUGCAUGUCAAGGUCUUGAUCCAGAAACAUGCGGCGCAUCCUAUAGUUUCGGUUGCUCCUGGUCCAUGUAUUACAAUGGAUGCAAAUACGCCCGUUCAAAAACUGUCCGCAAGUUCCGACUUUCGGUCAAAACUGAGGAGAGCGAGAUUGAGGAGCGUAUGCACGUUUUGGCAACACUUUUGAGCCCAUUGUAUAUGAACCUUGCACCUAAAUCAUUUGAUAAUCAAUGUCAGUUCGAGAAAGAAGCUUCAGAUUGCCGAUUAGGUUUCAAGCCUGGACGACCGUUUUCAGGGGUAACAGCUUGCAUAGAUUUUUGUGCUCAUGCGCAUAGAGAUCUACACAACAUGAACAACGGUUGUACUGCCGUCGUGACCCUUGCCAAACAUCGUGCACUUUCAAAACCUAACGACGAACAAUUACAUGUCCUUCCGCUAUACGUUCUAGACACUACUGACGAGUUUGGUUCAAAGGAUGCUCAGGAAGAAAAGAUGAAAAGUGGGGCUCUAGAAGUCUUGGACAAAUAUCCUAUGGAAGUGCGGGUUCGAUCGGUUCCUCUACAACCCUGUAGACGCCAUGGUAAAAAAAGAAAAGAUGAUGAAAAUUCAGAUUCGAAUAAUUCGUCUACAAACACGCCUCAACAGAGUCCGGGUAAUCAGAAAAAACCUCAAUGUACAACACCUGCACCUAAGACUCCACAACCAAAUGAUGUCAGAAAUAACGCCAGUCCGAGAAGCCAAAGCAGUGCUUCACCUAGAGCUAAUACACCUGCCUUAAGUCAAUCGAAUAAUUCGGCUUUUUCCAAUAAUUCUCAUUAUAAUUCUGCCUUUGUUAAUCCAAAUAUGCACGGUCUUAAUCCCGGACUAAUGAAUGCAAGCUUAGGGAAUCCUGCUUUACUUGAUAUGGCUACUAUGAUAGACAAUUUCACUGAUGCACAAUUACAGAGCAACCAAAUUUCUAGUACUGUGUUAGAUUCACCAUACAAUCCUUACGAUCAAAGUUACAAUCUUCAUAACCAGAGUACUAUCUAUAAUCCGAAUCAUGUCCCUGCUUUAAUGGAGAACAACAGUCAAAAUUCAAAUCCCAAUCAAUUACCGAGUUUUUCGCCUGCAUUACAAAAACGAGAUCAACAAUUUAAUACUCAUAAUUCAGGCCCAAUGAAUGCACCUCAACAGCAAUGGCCUGAUUUUGAUAAUACUGAAAUAUUUAACAAUGUCGUUAAGGAAGACCCAGAUUCGACCACAGCUCAUUUGAAUAUGCCACCUAAUAACUAUAGUCCAGAUUCAAAUCGUAGUGAUACAAACUCAGAUCAAAUCUACAAAAAUAACACAGAGUCUGAAAAGCAACACAUGAUAAAUGACAUAUCACAAAAAAUACCUGAAUUUGAUAUGCCUAACUCCCCAAGAUUAACGGAGAUUUCCCAAAAAACACAUAGAACACCAGAAUCGCCGGCAUCUUCUCAAGAACUUAAAUCGCCAAAUAAUGAUACAAUUACUAACCCCGAAAUUCGAAAAAGUGUGUGGAAAUCUCCUGAUUCUAAAAACUGGGAAGCUAAAUCUAAGGAACAAGUUAAUGAAAAUGAAAGUGCAUUAUUUCGAGUACCGAAAGCUAGGCCACCAUCCCGGUCUCAAUAUCUUAACCCAAAUGAAGGUAUGGAAAAUUCAACUUUUUUAAAACCAUAUCCACCAUCUGAUAGGCACCAUGCAAACCAAGGAUAUGAACAUAGAAGUAUGCAUGAUAUCAGAAUGAAUAAUGUUGUUCCCCCAACGUCAGCAGUUCAAUCUAAUUAUACUAUUAGCCAUGAUGAAACGCAAAAUACAUCCUCAAAUAAACCCGUGGCUGAAUUCACGGGCAACAAUUUCCAUCCGAUUAGUCAAAAUUCUUAUAGUAAUCAAACUUCAAUGCAAGGUUACGGCAAUUAUCCUCAAAUGACAAACGCUUACCCAUUUUCAACAAACCCAUAUGGACAUUAUAAUCCGUAUGAAAAUUCCUACAACGAUUAUAACAGUCUAGCAUAUUACAAUGCCGAAAAGUAUAAAAGAGAAGAAUUAAUAAGAAAUUCACAUUGCUACAAUUCUUAUGGAUACCAAUAUAAUCCAAACUUCGCCGCCAACUUCUAUCAAAAUCCGAGUCCUAAUUGGUGCCAAUCUUCACCUAACUGGUGUUUAUAUCCUCCGCCCUUUUCUAUUCCGUAUCCGCCGGAACCACCUAAAGCGGAACCAAUAGGAGAAGUUACAGGCUUAUCAGAUAAUCUUGAAUGUUUCAAAGACAGUCAAAUGGGAGGUGUCGCUAUAGCGUUAGGUCACGGAAGUGUAUUAUUCGAAUGUGCAAAACACGAGAUGCAUUCCACCACGGCUGUCAAAAGUCCAAACCGAGUAAACCCGACACGUAUAUCAUUAGUUUUCUAUCAACACCGAAAUUUAAAUCGCCCUAAACAUGGUCUCGAAGAAUGGGAGGAAAAAAUGAGGUUAAAAAAAUUGGGAUUGAAUCCAUCGACACCAAGUACACCCGGUCCCAAUUCAAAUUCAGCGUCACCUGCGACGACCCCUGGGCCCGAUCAACGACAGAUUACCACAGCAGAAAAAUGGAAAAAUAAUGAGAACCUAAUUCCAGGUGGAUACAGUUCACUAUCAGCAUUAGUGGAAGCAACAAAUGCUGCUAAGAAAAGUGGUCAGAUUAGACUGAGGACGGACACACAAACAACAAUGUCCUGGACCACUCUAUUCCCUAUGCACCCCUGCACUGUCACAGGUCCAUACCAAGAGUCUGGUACUUGACGCAAGCCAGGCCCUUUAGGGCAGUGUUCUUCCAAAAGACGGAGUGAAAUCCCUUCCGUAGCGAUGUAAGGUUUAAUAUGCCUUUUGAUCUAAGUCUUCUAGAGGAAAGUGCUUUCCACAAUUGUUUUGUAGUUCCUGGAUUUAUAGAACUUAAGCUUUCAAACUUUCGAUAAACUGGUCCACUGUUCCCAUGAAAUUCCUUUAUUGCAUUUACAUUGGAAUUGACUACCGUUAUAACUUGUAUUUUUCAAUGUAAACCGAGUGAGUUUUUAAUCAAAGAUGUAAUUUAAGUUUAUAUUUUAAUAGUGUUUAUCGCAUUUCAGCUAGUCUUACGUUACUACGUUAGUAUCUAUGGUAUUUCUUAGGCCGUAACUGUAGAAUUAUUUGUAUAUUAACGUAUUUAGUUUUACCGGCGAAUCGAAAUUUUCGAAUAAGUUUAUAUUUUUACAUGCUAUAUGUAAAAUAAUGACAUUAGCGUACGGUUUGUCUGCAUAUUUUGUCAUUUUUAGUUAAACGCAUAAGCAAUUUGUUAUGCGAUGCAAUGAUCUCAUGAAAUACUAACCCUACAAUUUAUUCAUUAUAAUCAUUAUUCAGAGCGAAAGUACAAAACAACACAAUGAGGCUAACGCAUAGCCCGCUGAGAAGGACGGACGCGUUUGACGAUCGUUUUUAUUUAUAUUUUUGUACCUUUAUCUGUCUAUUAGUUACUUUAUUUAAAUAAUUUAAUUAUCAUUCCUCUGCCUACCCGAUUGUUUUGUUUUGGCAUUUUGUUUUACGAAUAAAAUUAUAAGAUCAUGGCAGCAUGUGUUAUAAUAAUACAAACGUAACGAGUGCUUUUAUAUUAGGUUAAGAGGUGUGUAUUUUUAACUUUUAGAAUAUUUAACUUAUUUAUAUUGUAUUACGUGAAUCAUUAUGAAAUCAUUUGCUUUGUAUCAAUUUAGUGUUAUAGUAGGUAUUAAUAUUUAAUAUAUUUGCUUUACGAUUUGACAUUAAAUUAUGGGCAGUUGUUUUAUGCAUGUUUCAAGAGCCUUCUUUACUUUUUUUACUUGAGUGCCUGUGCGUCUGGCAAGCACCAGAAAAGAGAAAUUCUUAUAUUUAAAACACAUUUUCGAACCAUUGAAUGUGACCUUAUUUGUGAAUCGAGUGCGUAUAGUAAUGUUCUGCUAAUUUAGCUAUUAUAAAAAAGUUAUAAUUACGUUCAUACGUUAAAAAAGAAAGAUUAAUAAAUUACAUACAUUUAUAAGAUAGAGUAUUUGCGAAAAAAAUCAGGCGCUUGGAAAGAUUAUAAAGUAGGCAUAUUAUUGAAAAUGAAUAAAAACAUACUGAUGAAUAGUUAUUAAUAUAUAAUUAGAUUAAGAAAAAGUUUGUUUUAAAGAUUAAACUAUUGAUAUAGUUUAUAUUUUUUACGUGUACGUAUUUAUUGAAUGGUAAAUUUAUUGGAACGUGAAAUUAUUUAUAGGUAAAGAAGUUUUGAGAACAAAACUUAUAAAAACUAAGCAAUAAUAGGCAUUGAAGUCUAUGUACAUUGUAAUGUAGGAGUGAUGAAUAUUAAAUUAAAUAACGAAUGGUGCGAUUUGUCGUCAGUCUUAUGGAAAUGCUUAAAGUUUUAGCUCUCACCAGAAAUUGCCUAAAUUUAUUCUGAUAUUAUUUUAUCAUUGGUUAUAAUGCCUGUAACUUGCCAUUAUUAAUUUUAUGUCAAUGUUAACGUCCGUACGGUCACUUUAGAUGCAUUGUGUGACGAGACAUAUCAGAAGCAAUCACAUGAACUUAUCACAAACUGUAACUUAAAUUAUUGUAUCUGAUGAAAGUGUAAAGGAUGUAACUCAAACAUUUUUGGUGCUGAGACCGUGUAUAAAAUCAAAAUUAAAAUUUUUGAAGUUGGAAAUAAGUUUGAGUUAGAUUUUGAUAUUAAAUGCAUUCGGAUUAUUGACAUGACUUUGUUUACAUGUAAUUAUAAAAUAAUAAUUAAGCAAGUCGGAUGUUUUAUGAUAUUAUGUCGUUUUAUUUUUUAUAUCAGCAGUAGGUAUCUGUAUGAAUGCAUUGUUGGAAGGUUGUAUAACUGUUUUCGUAGAUAUUAAUCCUUGUGGACAUUAAUUUUUAUAAGGUAAAUCAUUUAGGCCACACUAGAAACCUGUGAUAUACCAUUAAUUCACGAGUGCUUGACUGCUUGUUUGGUAUGUGUCUUUCUUCAGUGUGUGAGUCGCCGACACGACGUUAAACUAAAAGUGAACGCAACAAUGAUUUUUUAGAAUAGUAAUAACGUGUGUCGUCGAUUUUUUUAAAAGUAAUAGAUAUGCAAAAACCAAAAACGACCAGUAUUUUUAAAUGUUGUAACCAAAAAGUUUUUUUUAAGAUUGUACGAUGCAUAAUGAGUUUACCGAUGCGGAUAGUUCUAAAGUGUAUCCUAAACGCGAAUUCUAUGUUCGUUGCGUUUCAGUUACGACGAACUUAUUUGUGUAAUAAUAUUUUUUCUUCUGCCAAAACAAAAGAAUGUGUCAUGUAAAUAGAACUACCAUUAUUUAUUAAUAUAAUAAUUUAAAAAAGACA